AUGCUGUGUGGGACUCUCAGCCAGCUACCUGCAGUCGCCAACAUGUCUUUGGUCCUGCUCUCUGUCAUCUGGCUCAUCGUACAAACUGAAGCAAUAGCCAUAGAGCAAACACCUGAAUUAAAACUCUAUGAAGUAGUUCAUCCUAAAAAACUACACGUUGUACAAAAAAGAGGGAUACAGAUCAACCAGACAGAGAAGCUUGCCAAAGAGGAAUACGAACCUGAACUUCGGUAUCAGAUUAUAUUAAAUGGAGAAGAAGUCAUUCUUUGCUUACAAAAAAUCAAGCAUCUCCUGGGGCCAGGCUACACUGAAACACAUUACUCACCCAGAGGAGAGAAGAUCACCUCAAGCCCUCAGAACGUGGAACAGUGCUACUAUAAAGGAUAUAUCCUGAAUGAAAAGAAUUCUGUCGCCAGCAUUAGUACUUGUAAUGGGUUGAGGGGAUACUUCACACAUCAUGAUCAAAGGUAUAUGAUAAAGCCUCUGAAAAGCACAGACCAAGAAGAACAUGCUGUCCUCGCAGAUAACCAGGAGGAGCUAGACUCAGCUAAUCACACCUGUGGUGUAAGAAAUGUUGGCAAGAAACACGGCCUUAUUCGAGCCUCUAGGUCACUCGAAAGCCCAGAGCAAGAAGACUUUCUUCAAGCUGAAAAAUACAUUGAUCUCUUUUUGGUGCUGGAUAAUGCUUUCUAUAACAUAUAUAAGGGGAAUCUAACUUUGAUAAGAAGUUUUGUGUUUGAUGUGAUGAACCUACUCAAUGUGAUUUAUAACACCAUAGAUGUUCAAGUUGCCUUGGUUGGUAUGGAAAUAUGGUCUGAUGGUGAUAAGAUAAAGGUGGUACCCAACACAGGCAUCACCUUUAACAACUUUGUGAACUGGCAUCGUUCUAACCUGAGGAAAAUGAAGGUCCAUGACCAUACUCAGCUACUCAGUGGAAUUGAAUUCAGCAACCGACGUGUAGGAAUGGCAGCCUCGAAUUCCUUGUGCUCUCCAUCUUCGGUUUCUGUUAUAGAGGCUAAAAAAAAGAAAAAUGUGGCUCUCGUAGCAGUGAUGUCACAUGAGUUGGGUCAUGUCUUAGGUAUGCCUGAUGUUCCGUUUUACACCAAGUGUCCUUCUGGGAGUUGUGUGAUGAAUCAAUAUCUGAGUUCAAAAUUCCCAAAGGAUUUCAGUACAUCCUGCCGCUCAAGUUUUGAAAGAUACAUUUCAUCUCAAAAACCAAAGUGCCUGCUGCAAGCACCAAUUCCUGCAAAUAUAAUAACAAAGCCAGUGUGUGGGAACCAACUUCUGGAAGUGGGAGAAGAAUGUGACUGUGGCUUUCCUAAGGAAUGCAGGAGUGCUUGCUGUGAGGCCAGGACCUGCAAGUUAAAGCCGGAAGCUGACUGUAGAGAAAAUAGUCUUAACGAUAUCACAGAGUGAAUGAAAAAAUCUACUUCACUGAGCUGCUACCUGCCAGGACAAGAAUCAAGAAAUCUAAACAUACUGGAUUCUUGUGUAUUUUCGCCUUUGCACUUAGAUGUAUUUUGCUUUUCAUUUGUCAUUAUCCUUUCUAUAUUUUUUCCAGUCCAGCCAAUAGGUGAAUAGAUGUGCUUAGAGAAGUUGCCCGUUUUCUAAGACCUGAUCUACAGUAUAUUUUUAAGGAUCAUGAAGCUAUCGCUUAGCUCUGCUCUUUGCAAAACAAAAGAAAUUAGCUCUAGACCAAAAUACUUUAAAAUGUACGGCUGAAUUACAUGCAGAGUUACUCCAGGCUUGUAAAACUACAAAUGACUUUUAUUUUAACCCCAUUUUCAUUUUAUC